CCACCAGAUCAACUGAAGCGCUACAUUGUGAGGGGCUAGUCUCCAUAUUCAAAUGCGCCCGUCCUCUGAACCAUGAAAUCUUCUCUUUUCACAAACACACUUCAGAGUGAAAUUUAAUAUUUUCUUUUCAACUAUAUUCCUUUGUUUUAGUAAAACAAUUAGCUGAUUUACUCCUUUCAAAAUUAAACUUGCAGAAAAAUUUUCACAAUUCGUUUUUCAACUUGUCCACAAAGUCCUAUACAACUAAUACCGUACACCCCAGCAACCAAUGUAAGUAUAAAAGUUCAAACUAUAAAAUAAGAGUUUAUUUGUCAGACUUUUUUGUUAACAUCUUAAAAUUAAUUGGAUUUUAAAAAUCAGCUUCGCGGGAGGAUAUUAAAAGAUUUUUUACUCUGGAUUAAUAACUUCACAAUCAUGAUGGACAUAAGAUGAUGAACAGGUCAGCUGUGCAGAGGAGGCGGUCAUCAAAGAGACCAUACUCCACUCCAGCUGGGGCCAAACCUGGUACUGGAAUGGAUUCAAAAAGUUUGAUUGGACAAACACUCAAAGUUCAGGAUUGGCUGAAUGAAAAGACGGUCAAGAGUUUACAGUUGUUUACCAUUCCACAAGCAUGGGUAGAUAAACAGGAAAAGUCUGAUGUGGAAUCUAAGGCAGCCAGACAGCUAUACAAUCCACUCCUGGAAACAGAAAGCACCUUUGUAAAGGAUUUAGAAGAAUACGUUUGUCACAAAGAUGUGAUGGAAUUACGUAAGAAAGAGAUGCUGCACAAAAAGUGGAAUGAUCGGGUUCAUGAACCCUUACGUAAAAAGAUCAUUGAUGUAAUGGACGGUGAUGAUUGGCCAGAACUGGACAGACGAAAGAGGGAAUUACAUAAGCAGUACUUAGAAUUUGUUAAUGAAAAGGGGCAUGUUUUCUUGGACACAAUGGACCCAAGAGAGUAUUAUGCACAAGCUUUGAAUGGACACAGGCCUGCACCAAUUAAGAAUUUGUGCUUAAAGUGGAGUAAGCAUAUGGUCAAGGCUCAGGCGCAUUUCAACACUCAACAUUUCAAGGUACAGACACAAAAGUUCCGUGACCCACUUUUGUCUCAAGGCCGUGAACGUAGCGAGGAGGAGCGCACAAUAAUGAGAUGCAUGACUGGUUACAAUUACACGGACAAGGAUAUAGACCAAGUCAAGUUACCUCCCUUACCUCUUGUGCCACUAGGAAGACAUGGCACAGACAGUAUUAAGUGGCUUCAGAUGCCACUGCAUAAUAUAGAGAGUACUCCACGAAUGGCUAGCAGAAGGAGGAUGCAGGGUGUCUUCAACCAGUGUAACGUAGAUUUUGAGGAAUGGUCUCAGUCACAGUACAACCACAGUCUAGUCGAUGAAGAACUUCACAUACAGAAAAAGAGAAUGUUUACAGAAGUUCCACCCUUUAACAGACCCCCCAAAAAGGUUCAAGGUCUCAAAAAAUGUGUUUCAUAUGAUAGUUAUACACAAGUUAUUCCUGAGGAUAUGUUUAUUAGUAACAUGGACUCAAUUCAAGAGGAAAAAUUGGCCUUUACCAUGGAACAGACUCAGAAUGGAAUAGAUCAACAAACAAUGUCUGUCUCUUAAUCAAUGACCUUGUCCUUUGUAGCUUGAACUCAAUCACUAUGGCAAUAAAAGUGCAUUUUUUUGUGUAAAAGUGAGAAUUAUAGAUGUGAACAGGAGCUUAAGUCUUAAUUUGCAUUUAUUGAUUGUCAAUUUAUGACAUAAGCGGCUUGUAAUGUUUGACUCUUCGUUUCGUUAAUUCUUAAAAUGACUGUUUGCUUUGUACAUAGAUGGGGCACAAGUUUUACUGAUGUUUGUAAAAUAAUUAUGACGAGAAAUUGUUUUGAUUUUUUUGAUUAUUUUUUUUUAUGCCAUUGCUUAGUUUCAUGUCUCUUUUUCUCUGUUAAUUACCUUUUUUUCCACGAAUUGAAUAAGUCUAUUUAUGAUUUAUAUUAUGUUCAAAAUAAAUUUUAAAAUCAUAGUACACUGUUUUUAUUUUACAUUUUCACAUAUUUGUUACCAAAACACUGUAUUAUGUAUACAAUCUUUUUUUUUUUAGCAUUCCUUCAUACUUAUUUUCAUCUUUAAUAGUUCUGCAGAACUAGAAGAUAAAGUUACUGUGAAAUUGUGAAUAUUUCCAUGCUUUUUCUGGUCCAAUUUUUCUUAAUUUUAUACGCCACGAAAUAGCCCAAAAGCGGUGCUUAAAAGUGGCGUUAAAACACCAAAAAUCAAUCAAUCAAUCUUAAUUUUAUAUAGAUAACUAAUAAUUGCUUUAUUAAUUUGGUCCUGGCAGUGUGUUUAAUUAGAUGAUUUUGAGUUUGAAAAGAGUAAAAAAAAGUACCUUGGGUAUAGAUCUUGAUUAUUAAUAAAUUCAACAACUUUUUGUUUUUGGGGGGAGGGGAGAGGGGUCUUUAAAUUGCAAAAAGCAUGAUUGUUAUUUUUUGUACAAGUACAAUAAAAAAGGGAAAGAUUGGCAGGCAAUAGUUUUAUAUAACACCUGUGAAAGAUUUUGAUACCCUGCAGUUUAAGAACUGUGAACUUAUAAAAAGAAUGUGUAAGAUGGACUUGAAAAACUCAAACUAACAAAAUGAAAAAGAAUAAUGAAAAUUCAAACUAACAAAACGAAAAAGAAUAAUGAAAUAAGUUAUUAAUUUUUUACAUAUUAUGUGUUGAAAAUGUUUUGAAUUAACAACAACUUGUUCAUUUUGUUUUAUAAUUUUAUGUGUCAUUUAUAUUAUUGAUUUAAUGUUUUAUACUAAUGCAUGUAGAAAAAAGUCUUCUUUUUUUUUUUUGCUAUCUUCCUAUCCGUGGUACAAAUUUGUAAAUUUUCAACAACAAAAAAGUACUUUGUACUCAUUUCUAAAUCACUUUUAAUUGAAUUUGUAUCAUUUAACUCUGAAAUAGUGGAUGGUUACAAUUGAAAUGAGUUCAAAAUAUUAGAAAAAAAAAAAUCAUAUGAAAUAUACCAGUGGAAUUGAAUGGCCUUUUUUACGUACUGUACAUUUUGAGCAAUUUCAUUUUAAAAGUAUAUUAUUUAUAAGGACAUAUUACAUGUAUGAACAAAUACUAUUAAAAAUCAAAAUACUGUAAAAUGCACCAUUUCUCUCAAAAUAUGCUUAAUCAAAUGUGAUUUUGAAACAUACAAAGUGGCCUUAGAAAGAACAGAUCAUUUGAUUUGAUUUUAGGGCAAAUGGCAUUGAAUAAUAUUUUUAACAUAUUGCCUUUCGUUUUCGUUACUUACUUGAGUUUUAAACAUUUUUAAUGUAAUACAAGUGAUAGAAAAGGACUGAAGUUUUAAAUACAGUUUAGACUCGUUUUAUACUGCUGACCCACGACUGAAAUCCGUUUUUAAAAACAUUUAACUCUUCAUAUGUUUGUGGUCCAAACAAAAAGCUAAAGCUAAUGCCCAAAGUCUCAAGAGGUAAAACAUCUAAUUAAACAGGAUAAGAGUUUUUCUUAAUAACCAAGGCUCAUAGCAAUACAUCUUUUGAGUACUAUUAUCGUACUCAGACUCAGAAAUCAACCAAUGAAAAUAUUGGAUUUGGUGUUUUGUUUACAAAUUUUGUACUCUGAGUACUGAGUAAAGUUUUAUGACUGUAAGCCCCAGUAUAUGUUUCAAAGUGUGUGCACAAAAUAAUUUGUAUAUAGGUUUAUUAGAUAAAUUAAUUUCUUGUUUAAAGCAUUUUAAAUUUUCUCAUGUAGAUAACAUCUACUUACCAUGAGUUAUCUUCUCGUUGCUACCUGUAUAAAUCUCAAUCAAAUAUUUUUUUUUCAAAUUUUUUUACUGAAUGUCAUCAUUUUGGUCUUCCAAUAACUAUUUUAAGGGAAUUUUAAGAUAAUCUAACAAUUUUUCAAGUUACGUUUGUGAACCUAUUCUCUAGUUACAAACUUAUCUAUGCAUUUAUCAAUGUACAAUGCUAGUCAUUGUGUGCAGUGUGUGAAACCAAAGUCGGCGUCAAACGUGUAAAUAAUAAAAGAGCUUCUAUUUUAACUAGCAGAGAAUAGAUAUAACGCUUAUUUGUCCUAAUCAAAACAUUAAAUGAAUUUGUUUCUCGAAAUUUUGCUUUAUUUUGUGUAUUACUUAAUUGUUUAGACAUAUGUGUAGAUGUAUUUGUACCCUCCUGUAAAAUACAAACCAUAUGAAAAUUAGAUUAGUUUAUAGAAGACAGUUUUGUAGGACAGGUUUAACCCUUUCAACCAAGUGGGAAACUUACAGACCUUUUUUUAACUUUAAUUUUGUCAUUAAAGCUUUAAUGGGAGCACUGCCAUCUUUUAAAAAUGAUGGACCCAUAAAAAAAAGUACUUAAGUAUACUUAGUAUGGGUUCAAAGUUGAAAUUUCAAUUUAACCAUGUGUUUCUGUUUUUGAUAUUUACAGGUUUCACUGAAGCAUUUUCUUUACUCCUUUGGACAGGAUUAUCUUUUGAUUAAUCAUGUCAUGUAUUAUUACAUUUCAAAAUGUGACUUUGUGAAAUUAUUUGUCUCUUGUUUCAUGAAAUGUGUUUGUUAUGAAAUCUGUGAUAUUACUCAAUAUGUUGAGAAUACAUUUAAUGAAAACUGA